AUGCGGCAAUCAAGGCCGAGGGUCUUCUUACACGUGGCAAAAAGCUUGCAAAACGGAAGGACGGCCACUCGUGCCAAAUAUGCUGCCAAAAAUGAUAGCAUCAGGACUGAGGUCCAAGAAAAGCACCAGGAAGCUCUUACGAACUGGAAAGAAAAACAAGAGCUAGCUAGAGCUGGUUUUGUUCAAGAUGUUGAACAAGAGGAGAAGAUUAGGGCCUUCAAUGAACUCGAGGCACAUCUUGAUCAUGUCUUCCGCCACCUGUCCCACAAGACGGGUGGACUUAAUUCACCUGUAUUGCUGGAGGACAGAACCCAACCACAGCUACCAUCUCAGAGAGAUGGAGGUGGGGAGCGAGUUUUCACAUAUUGCAGUAACAUAUCUCCGUAUUAUACGAGUGGACGGACGUGCAUAAUAUCCCGUAUGAUACGGGCCAGCGGACCAUGGGCCGAGGGUAGAUAUAUCCUCGACUGUGACGGAUGGGCCGGGAGUGUUAUUAUUCCCGAUGGAGACGGGUGGGCCCAGGUGGGGAAUAUGUAA